UUCGCGGGAGGGAAAGUCGGCCAACCUUCCCGCUGCCGGCGUCGGCGUCGGCGUCGCCGUCGGUCGCGUCUCCGCCCGCAGCCGCAGGCGCCGCCGCCUCGCUCUUCCUCUCCGACGACGCGGAAUCCGCCGCUCCUCCCGCUUCCGCACGUCCGCAGGUGCAGCUACCACCUCAUCAGUGGCCGUGAUGUCGCAAUUGCAGAAGUGCGCGUGCGCCAACCGCAACUGCUUCCAUGACGAUUGCGCUUGUUUCACAAGGGAAGGGCUCUGCUCCGAGUACUGCGAGUGCCGUGGCGACUGCAAGAACAUCUGGAAACACGAGGAGGAAGUCACAAAGGAAUUCGCUGAAUACACCAAGAGGAAAGCUGAUGAAGCUGCUGCCCAAGCUGCCGCUGCCCAAGCGGCCGCUCAACCUCAACCUAAGCCAUUGCCAGCACUAGAACCAGGGUCUGCGCGAGAGCCGUGCCACUGUGCCUCGUGCAAGUGCCAAAACCACUACUGCAGAUGUGUCAGGGCUAACUUGCCUUGUUUGGACCGCUGCGACUGCAAGGACUGCGGUAACACCAAGACCCAUGAGGAGAAGCUCCAGGAUCUAGGGAUCAAGGUUGAGGAUCUUGCUUCAGGUUCGACCGUGAUGACUCGUGGGAAGGCGCAGGCUGUCAAGGAGUCUGCCGUUGGGUGUAAAUGCCAAUCCGAAUGCGCCAGUCGCUGCGGUUUUGCGUGAGGCGUAACAUCAAGUGCACCUCCAAAUGCAAGUGCCAAGUGUGCGGCAAUGACGACGGGAGCAGAUUUCCCAAUAAGUCCAAGGCUGGAGCAGGGGGUCAAGGGAGUACUCGCAGCAGCAGCAGCGCCGUCGAGUCGACAGGCAAACGGCCAAAACGCGUUGGAUGACAGUAGACUUGAGACAUACCAGAGCAUGAUGCAAGUCACCUUACAUACUUACCAUCCUCAAGUUACUCCUGUUCAGAUAUCUCCCACUGUAAAGCACAGCCAGGUUCCUGUAGAUUCCUUGUAAUGGUUGGUUACUCGAAGCAAGCACGGCGAAAACUCCAUGAUCUGCGAGGUCGUUAGCCUCAUAACGUGGUCUUGAUCAGACGGAUAGAUACUUGAGAACAUACAUAUACAUACUCAUGUAGGAAUAUUUGCCGUCAUCAGUCGGCGUCCAUACAUACCGCGUGCCUGGAAAGGGUUGGUUCAGCUACUUCUUAUGCAUACAGUACAUAGUUCCUGCAAAUGAUUUUUCUCUUAUAUACUUUAGGAAUGUUCCGAUGGUGUUUGAAACCCAAUGUAGUAUGGAUCUGAUGUGCAUAAACAAAGAUGCCUGGUGGCGUUAUGAUCUGCAUUGCGUUACAUAAUCUGAUGAUAUGCUCUCA